AUGUUGUUGGCCGGCACGUUAUUGGGCUGGCGUCGCGAGUGCGGCUUCAUCACGCACACGCCGGACAUGGACGUCGGGUAUUUCGAGCCGGAGUACCCGUAUCGGAUGGUCGACAACAUUAUCGACACCGGGAACGAGACGUUCGGGAUAUCGAGGAUUCUCGGGAGGGCUGACUACGGUGAUGACUGGCAGCGCGUGGUGAUGUCGCGCAAUUUUAGCUGGAACCGCGGCCCGAAAAACGUCGUCAAAAUUGGCGUAAUUUCGCCGGAAGAGCGGGCGGCCUGGAUCCGGAAAUACCGU